GUUCACAUCUUGCGGUCGAUCUGCUGUGCUCCCCUCGACCCUGUGGCCUUACAUGCUGACGCUUGGGGCUUGAAGAAGCUCUUCACAUACGGCGUCAGGAAGGGUGGCCAUGACAAGGACACUGCAGUGAAUCCUUUCUUUGAUGAGCUCUGGAAGCAUUGGUACGUGCAAUCUGGAUGCACCGACAUUCCCGUCGAAGUGGAUGACUCAGAUGAUGAGAGCUCAGACUUCACAAUGUACCUGUGUGUGAAAUCUGACCCAUAUGGUCCUGCUCCUGAUGGUAAUGGUGGGGCUGUGAAAGCCGGGAAGUCAGAGCUUGCUCCGCCAGUUGUGGCACCGGUGGAGGAGCCGACCAUUCCUGUUGAGAAGUUGGUCAUCGUUGAGGACUCUCCACUCAAGCUGACCACAAAGAAGGAGGAGGUUGAUGCAAUGCCCAUGUCUACAGCUCAAAUCGAGGGCAGGAUUACAAAGCUCAA